UGCAACCGUCUUCCCCACAUCACGAUAGCACUGCUAUCAGACCUAUAGCAGCACCCUUCCUCCUCCCUCUAGACAAACGAGCCCCGCUCCUUGAUUCUCUACCGCCCACUCUGUCCUCACCACAGACCCAGCCACUCAUCGGCACAUCGUCUCAUCACCACAUUGCCCGCUGCGCUUUUCUUUAUUUUAAGGAAGGAUAUUUUAAAAGAGAAGGCAAUAAGACGGAGCCAUCCUCCACCAGUCUUUCCACCAUGGCAAGCAACGAAGAGAAACCCGCCGCCGUCGCCCUCACCACCGCCGCAGUGGUCGCCGCGGACAAGGAGAAGAAGUCCAGCUGGAAGGACUCCAUCUACAACCCGCGGACCGGCGAGCUGCUGGGGCGCACGGCGAGCAGCUGGGGUCUCAUCCUGCUCUUCUACCUGGUCUUCUACAUCUUCCUGGCGGGCAUGUUUGCCCUGACCAUGUGGGUGAUGCUGAUGACCCUGGACGACUAUGUGCCCACGUACCAAGACCGCGUGCCUCACCCAGGUUUGGUGAUCAUUCCCCACUCGCUGGACAUCCAUGUCAACAAAUCGGACCCCAAACAGUACGGCCAUUAUAUCCAACACCUGGAGACCUUCUUGCAAAGGUACAAUGACACCGAGCAGGAGAAGAACGAGCUGUGCCCCCCCGGGGAGUUCUACGACCAGGAGGGCGGCAGCAUGGAGAAGAAGGCCUGCCAGUUCAAGAGGAGCUUCUUGAGCCGCUGCUCCGGCCUGUCUGACACCACCUUCGGCUACAGCGAGGGCGAGCCCUGCAUCCUGCUGAAGCUCAACAGGAUCAUUGGCCUGAAACCUUUGGGAAACCCGUACAUCAACUGCACAGCCAAGACUGAUACUCCAGUCCAGAUGCAGUAUUUCCCCCGCGAGGCUCGGAUCGAUAAGAUGUACUUCCCCUACUACGGGAAGAAGGCCCAUGAGAGCUACGCCCAGCCGCUGGUUGCCGUGAAGCUGCUGCUGACCAAGGAGGACUACAACACCGAGCUGAGCAUCGAGUGCCGGGUGGAGGGCUGCAACAUGCGCAACACCGACACCAGGGACAAGUUCCUGGGGCGCGUCACCUUCCGGGUCAAGGUGUUCGAGUAA